AGCCGAGACCGAACGAGGAAGACGACGACAAACUUAGGUUCACACUUUUGCCUUUUUUUUUCCGUGGGGGGAAGAGAAGACGACGACAUCACCGCUGACGACGUGCUGUUUGACCGGCUACGUUUGCCAUCCGCUGCUGUCGUCAUCGUCUCUCUGGUCGCAGAGAAGUUCGCUCGACUUGGACGAACGUGAGCGCGUCGAUUGAGGAGAAACUAUGACGGGCCGGGAAGAUGAAUAUGAUUAUCUCUUCAAAGUGGUGCUGAUUGGUGACUCGGGCGUCGGGAAGAGCAACCUGCUGUCCCGCUUCACUCGCAACGAGUUUAACCUGGAGAGCAAGAGCACUAUCGGUGUGGAGUUUGCCACACGCAGCAUCCAAGUGGAGGGCAAAACCAUUAAGGCGCAGAUCUGGGACACGGCGGGACAGGAGCGAUACCGGGCCAUCACUUCUGCGUACUACCGAGGCGCGGUGGGAGCGCUGCUGGUCUACGACAUCGCCAAGCACCUGACGUACGAGAAUGCCGAACGCUGGCUAAAGGAGCUGCAGGACCACGCAGACAGCAACAUCGUCAUCAUGCUGGUGGGCAACAAAAGCGACCUUCGCCACCUGAGGGCCGUUCCCACCGACGAGGCCCGGGCCUUUGCAGAAAAACAUGGCCUGUCUUUCCUGGAGACGUCAGCCUUGGACUCGUCUAAUGUGGAGCUUGCCUUCCAAACUAUCCUCACAGCCAUCUACAACAUCGUGUCGCAGCGGCAGAUGUCGGGACAUAGCGACUCUGACUUUUCCCCCGCCUCCAACGUGGUGCCCAUCACGGUGGAGCCCACCCAGAACGCAUCCAACAAGGGCAUUUGCUGCCAGAACAACUGAGCCGCGCACAGACAGUUAGAUGCUGACAGACAGACGGAUGGGAAGACCAAGAAUUGGGGAGAGGUAACCACUUUGGUUCUCCACCAAGACUAUUGUAGAGAGGGAGUGGACAUAUAGAUGUUUAACCCUCCUGUUGUGUUGGUUUCUCAGGGACAGCGAUAAUGUUCCUGGGUCAAUUUGACCCAUUACAAAAGAAAAAAAUCCCAAUAAACAUUGUAUAGGCUAUAUGAAGGGUUGCAAAAUUUCUAGAGAGCUUCCUUGGGCAAUUCAGAUGGGGAACUAUAGAAAUAUUCCAAAUUGGAAACUUUCCAUGGUAUUAAUAGCAAAUUGAGUGUAAUUUAAUGGAAAGGUAUCAUAAAUAUAAACAAUUUGUUUUGUUAUAAGACGACAUCCAUACGAAGUAUGUAGAUAGCUCUCCUUGCCCAUGUUGAGGGGAUGACAGUACCUAAAUUGCACUUUUGUUUGUUUUAUUUUAUUUAUUUAUUUUUUCAAAACUUCACUACAGCAGUGUCAUAUUGCUAUAGAAAAUAAAAUUUUGCAAAACAACGAAAACCUUGGAAGUUAGGACACGUCAGUCAAGGUAUCAAUCAAUAUACUUGUACAAAAUGCACGGUAGUUGUUUUAGUCAGGAUCACUAUUUUGUCAAUUCCUGGUUUAUUCCUGUUAAUUCCCAUGGAAAAUUCCUGUAAUUUUGCAACCCUAUUUAUAUCUAAUGGUUACACACCAUUUCCAUAUUGAUAGUUAAACCACUGCACGUAGUAUUUUUGAUACCUUUAGAAUGAGUCAGUCAAACAUAAUAGGGUUAAAUGGAGGCGAGAUUAAGAAAAAUUUGGUGCAAAUGAAGUUUAACAAUCCCAGCUCUGUCAAAAUUAAGAUUACUAGAUUAAUCAUCCACCAACAAACAUCAGAAUUUCCUGUUAAUAGAAUGUUCCCAAAGACUUUGACCAAUUCCCCCGAAUGCUAAAUGUUUCCCCCACGAAAUAUUUAUUCAACACUAGAUUUUUUCCUUUUAUUUGCAUUGCUUUAAAUCCUCGCUUCUUGUUAGCGAGGACCUCUGCUUCUCCAUGAGGGGCGUGAAGUGUCGUUUUUGUUUUUUUAAUGCAAACGUCAGAUCCUGGUCUGGCUUUUUAAGACUUAAGAUUGUUCUUUGAAGGGAGGGGCUUAUUUUGCGUGUCUUCAGAGAGUCCCGUUAAAGGAUCGACCCCCCCCCCCCCAAAGGCUUAUUUUAAAGUAAAUACUGAAGACCGUUCUACUGCUUUGUCUUAACUGAACCGGGACAUUUUUUUUAUUUUUGCCUUGUGGAGGUCAACCCUCUCGCUCGCUUAUAUUUUAUGCAGGAGGGAUUUUUGUUUAUUAUUAGUUUAAAUAAAGGCAGACAGGAUUUUAUGUGCUUGAUUUUAAUUGCACACAACCAGCCGAUGUUUGUGUGUGUUCUGUUUGGCCUUCACAGGUCUUUCAACUGAGUGGUGUAGGAUAAUGUUUUUUUUUUUUAAGAAAAGCAAACAAUCCAAUGUAUAUUGGACUGCAUAUGUGCAAAUAAAUCUGAUUUGUAAUAGA